GGUGUGAUUCUGCGCCGUCAGAGUGUAGCACGUCACCAGUCAAAUGACUUGACAGAUGAGACGUCAUUAAGAAAAACUUUAUUUAUUUAAUUAAAAAUUUUAAAUGAAAGAAACAAUGAGUACAAAGACAAAAACCCUCGAGAAAAAUGGCGUUUCUAAAACGUCGACCGCUUCAGUAUGGUCUAGAGCGUUUACUUCCAAUUCAGAAUGGCCAGAUAAGGAGGAAUUUUUAGACGUAAUUUAUUGGGCAAGGCAGGCAAUAGGUAUCAUUUUAGGGGUAUUUUGGGGUUUUCUACCAUUGAAAGGAAUUAUAGGAUUAGCUUUAUUUGCCCUGAUUAAUGCGGGGAUUAUUUACUUUUACUUUACAAAUUUCCAAUGUAUUGAUGAAGAAGAAUUUGGUGGUGCCUGGGAACUUACAAAGGAAGGUUUUAUGACUUCAUUUGCUGGAUUUUUGGUUACAUGGAUAAUAAUAUACUCAGGACUUUAUUAUGAAGUAGGGAAAGAAACGUAACGUUACACGACUCAUUUUAUAUGCAGCAAUUUUUUACCAAGUCCUAUUUAUUCCCAUAAUAUAUUACAGAAAAUUU